AUCAAUCAACCAACCAUGAGAACCAGUCUUCUGGUGGCGUUCGGGCUCAUCGCCCUCGCAGCGGCGGUCUCCGGCAGGGAGAUCCGGGAGAAGAGGGAUGCCGACCUGGAGACUGCAGCCUCCGGUCACCAUUGGGACAAGGGUGGCGGCCACGAACACCAUGGACACCACCAUCACGAACACGGCGACCACGGCCACAAGGGACACAAGGGUCAUCACGAGCAUCACCAUGGGAAACACGGACAUCACCAUCAUGAGGGACACAAGGGACACCAUGGUGAGCACGGCGGCCACAAGAAACACCAUCACCACGAUGAAGGUUACCAUCAUCACAAGGGACAUGGCGAGAAGGGUGAACAUGGUCAUGGCCAUGAGGAACACGGUCACUGGCACAAGGGACAUGACACGAAGGGACAUCAUGGUAUCGAGAAACACGACGAGUUCAAGAAAGACAAGCACUUCCACGACCACCAUGGCGAAAAAGGCUUCCAUGAACAUCAUGGUGGUCACCAUCAUGAAGACGGAUACAAGAAGGGCGGCCACUUCCACAAGGGACACAAACACGGUGGACAUCAUGAGCAUCAUCAUGGCCACAAGGGUCAUCAUGAGAAGGGAGGACAUCACCACGACCAUAAGGGGCACCAUGGUGAAGGCGGUCACCACGAGCAUCAUCAUCAUCAUCAUGAACAUGGAAAGAAGGGCGGUCAUGAGGAUCACAAGCACUGGGGACACAAGUCUGGUCAUUAAAACAUU